AUGUUGUUAGUUGUUCAAAUAAUUGCCACCUGCAUCGUCGUUGUGUCGACCAGUGCGACUUGUGCGACGAGUGGACAAAACUUUGCAGCGGCUGAAAAAAAUUCCAUACAAGCCACGAAUUCUUUUCUGUAUGAAUUCAAGAUAGUACUACAACGCCUGCAAGAUGAAAUACAUUACAACAACGUCUUAUUACUGGCACGAGUGGCGAAAGAUUGUGUUGCCGAAGAGCUACUCUCCCACAUUUCUAAUCCACAUCUAAUACACAAUGGUUCCAACGAUUUUUAUGUGAAAGACAAAUUUAAUAGAGAAUUUCUAUCCAUUCUCUGCCUUGACAAAAUCACAUAUCACGAACUGUUGCGCGAACUUAGCACAAAUCUACAACAUAUGCGCACAAAGCCUAUUCUUGCCAUAUUAAACAGAAAGUCGUCGGAGACUAAAUCAGAAGAGCUGGAGGAUUUUUUUAUGCUUUGUGAAAAAUUGAAACUCUUGAAUGUAAUUAUAUUGGCAAGCGACUUUCAUGUGGCACACAUUUAUCAUAGCUACACUCAAUUUCCAGUUUUCGAAAUGGAGCGCAAACAUAUACACAUUGACCAGCCGCUGAUGCCCUAUCGCUUGCUGGAUCUGCGUCUCAAACGAAUCUGGGUUUUAUUAGAUCGGAUGGAGCCAAACUCGAUGCUGUAUCAUGAUCCUAAAGUGGAACAGCUCCAUGCUACUGGCUAUAUAGGGAGACUUUUUAUAUAUUUUAUGGAACACUACAGAUGCAUACUUCAACUGCCAGGCGAAUAUGAGUGGUCGUAUUUAAAUUCAAUACAUUGGACUGAGAUAUAUACCGCUGCACGCAAUGGCACCAUCGACUUCGGUUUCACUGGGUCAAAGCCGCAGUUGGAUGGCAAUAUGGACAACCAUAUUUAUCCACUCGAAAUGGUGCAUUGGCUGACAAUGUUGCCUGUGGAGCAGCCAAUUAAAACUAAUAUUAUAAUUUUCGCUUUCUUCCGUUUACACCUCAUAUUACUGUUGUUACUGAUAUGUUGGACUCUAUCGGUACUACUCAAGUUAGAAGGUAUUUUAAAAAAAUUUAAACAUCUGACAAUUCGAAUGCUUCUGUGGAAUAUGUGGGCAUGUAAUUUUAAUAUCUUACGCGGCAUACUAAGUCAAUCACCGAAGGUGCACAGAAACAGCUAUCACACCACGUUUUGUUAUGCAUUGAGCAUUUAUACGGGCUUUAUUUUCACUGCCAUGUACUCGAAUAUGUUGGUCAAUUGGUUGACGGUAUUACCACAUGAGCCACCAAUACGCAGUUUCGAUGGCGUUGUCGAGCGCAAAUUGUUAAUACAAGUUUAUGAAAAGGAUUUGCAAGAAUAUCGGGGUGAUGCAUUUUUUUCUAAAUAUCAGUCGAUUUUCAAGCACAUCCAAACAUAUGCCGAGUUCCAACAUAACCGCAGGCAGAUGGACACGCGCUAUGGCUAUACUAUUGACGCGAAAUCUUGGCUAGCAUUUAAGGAACGUCAAAAUCAUUUCGCACGGCCGCUAUUCCGUUUAAGCUCUGAGCUUUACUAUGCACAUAAUAUGUUUGUGUCUUUUCCUGUGUUCGAAAAUUCUAUCUAUAAGGACUUGCUCGAUCGUUUCUGUUUACAUUUACGUGAAGCGGGUAUCAUAGAUUAUUAUCAUGGCAUGUCUUACUAUGAUUCACUGGAAGCUACAGGCUACAUAAUGACAGAUCCAAGUAAAAGGCCAACAACAAAAGCAUUGAAAGUAGUGGAUUUCAUAUGGCUAUGGGUGUUGUAUGCCACAGGAAUAGGCAUCUCCGCUUUGGUUUUCUUGAUGGAGCAAUUCAAGCUGCGAAUACUGGAGAAUUGA